AUGUAUCACGUUGCUCCUGUGUUAUUUAAUAAAUCAUAUUCUCACACCCUUCUUUUUUUGAUCCUCUGCAGAAAAGCAAACAUUUUUGUGUCUUUUCUUGUGGACAUAGCCCUUGGUUUGCUGCUUAUCUCAUGGCUUUAUAGGGAGAAUCGUAUCAGCAAAUUAGCAGAUACUUUGGUACCUGUGGCUGAUCAUGUGGCUAAAGAGCUGCAGGAGCUGUUAGAAUGGCUGAUGGGAGCUCCUGCUGGACUGAAGAUGAACAGAGCUCUCGACCAGGUGCUGGGGAGAUUCUUUCUCUACCACAUUCAUCUGUGGAUCAGUUACAUCCACCUGAUGUCUCCUUUCAUUGAGAGGAUCCUGUGGUAUGUUGGACUCUCAGCCUGCUUGGGAUUGACCUUUGCGCUUUCCAUAUUGUCCGACAUUGUGGCCCUCCUCACUUUCCACAUCUACUGUUUUUAUGUGUAUGGGGCAAGACUCUACUGUCUGAAGAUCUAUGGUCUCUCCUCCCUGUGGCGGCUCUUCAGGGGAAAGAAAUGGAAUGUAUUGAGGCAGAGGGUUGACUCGUGCUCAUACGACCUGGACCAGUUGUUCAUUGGCACUUUGCUCUUUACGAUUCUGCUGUUCCUGCUUCCCACCACUGCCCUGUAUUACCUCGUCUUUACCCUGCUGCGGCUGGUGGUGGUGCUGUUUCAGGGAGUGAUUCAUCUUAGUGUGGACUUCAUCAACUCCUUCCCCCUGUUUGCCAUCGUCCUACGUAUCUGCAGACCAUACAGACUGGCAGAGGGCGUUAAAUUCAAUGUGCUUUGUCAGGAGCCAGGAACUCCUCUUCACCUGAUGAUGGAGAUCAACCCACUGAAAUGUAGCUCUGUACUGCAGUGUUACCGGAUGCCCACUUAUAGCUGUUCCCCUAAGGAUUCCUGGGCCGCAUUGUGCAAGAAGCUGUUUGUAGGAGAACUCAUUUACCCCUGGAAGCAGAAGACUGCCAAGACCGACUAACUCUGGGACCUGCAGCCAGACACUUAGAGAACACACUGGGAGAAAGUUGCUCUAUUGGUCAGAAUCCAGUGACGCUCAAAAUAGUCUUACUUAGGUUUUUAACAGAAGUAGAUAUUCCUUCAUUGUAGAUUUAAAUCAUGAUCUUUCCUUUUCCAAACAUUGAUCAGAAGCUUUGAUUGAAAUUUGAUUGUAUUUAUUUUAAAACUUCUACUUUUUAUAACUGAAGAUGUACCAUUUAAAAAAAAGAGUAUUACUUAUAUUAUAACUUUGAUAUUUACAACUUGUUGCUCAUUCACAACCAUAAUUUAAUGAAGAUCAUUUGAACUGGAAGUGACACUGUUGACAUCUCCUCAGUUUUUUUGCUGUCUCUCACGAUGGGCAGAUAGAAAGGAAAUGACUGGUAACAGUGAGCUAUAAAAUGUUAGACAUUUGUGACCUUGGACCAAAAAAGUCUUAAGUGUCAAUUUUUCGAAAUUGAGAUUUAUACAUCAUCUGAAAGCUGAAUA